UGUUUAUUCCACAGUACACUUUACGUAUUUACUGGACCAUAGGGCGCACCAGAUUAUAAGGGGCACUGCCGAUGAGCGGGUCUAUUCAGGUCUAAUUUCAUACAAAAGGCCCAACAGAUUAUAGGGCGCAUUAAAAGGGUCAUACUAUGUUUUUUUUUGUAAAUAUAAAAGACUUCCUUGUGGUCUACAUAACAUGUAAUGGUGGUUCUUCGGUCAAAAUGUUGCAUAGAUGAUGUUUUACAGAUCAUCUUCAAGUCGCUUUCUGACAGUCGCUUCAGGAUGCGCCGUUUUGUGGGCAAUCUUUUUUUACGUGGCUCACCUUUGACAGCGUCUUCUCCCCGUCAUCUUUGUUGUAGCGGUGUAGCGUGCAAGGAUGGGAGUGGAAGAAGUGUCAAAAGAUGGAGCUAACUGUUUUAAUGACAUUCAGACUUUACUUCAAUCAAUAACGGGGCAGCAUCUCCUCAUCCGUGGCUCACUAGUGCAACAACAACGCCCGAAAUGUGUCCCGUGAAAAACUGUCCGACUGGAACUCUAAUAACCAAAGUUCCUUGGGUGAAUAAUGGAAACUCACUACACCGGUAUGUUUUAGUGCUUUCAUGGCGAGUUUACUGACAGAUAUAAGUAAGAACUGUACACUACUUUAUAUUAGAAAUGGCAACAGCAGAGGAUGAAUGUCCCAUAACAAGAAGAUAGAAAAAAGAAGAAGCUUAGAUAGACUAUGGAAUUGGCACAGAUUAGAAUGGCGGAUUUGCGCAAAUUUUCAGGAUUUAUACAGAUUCCAAAUACACAUCAGCAGGUACCAGAAGGUAAGAAAAGUUGGUUUUGCUAAUAUUGUGAAACAAAACACCAGAUAAUGUCUGCUAAUGGGUGCCAUUUUGCGAUCCUUAUACACACACCAUAGUAAUACUUGUAUCUCUGACUACGGUAGCCGUAAUGGGCCGACAAUCCAUCAAGCGGUGCGGCUUCAAAGUCGUACUAAAACAUUUUGACAGAUUUUUGAAUGCAGAGUGUAAUGUUCUUUAUUUUCAAUGGAACAUUUAAAGUUUUGGUGUUGUUUACUGGCGUCAUAUUGCAGUCUACUGUAACCCGGGUGACAAAACCCCAUUAAAUGUCCUUUCUAUUUAUUUAUUUAUUUAUUCGUCAUCUAAGCUGUCCUUGCGUGCGUCAUUACGUCACGCGGUCACGUGACCUAACACGGCUGUCAGAAUAGCAUAAAACCCGGAAGUGGGCUGCUACCGGUGAGAGCGAGAGGGACACGCUGUGUGAGGUUGCUGCAGGUAUGUGACUCGGUUUUACGCUUUUAAUGAUUAACUAAGCCUUCUAAACUGACAUGUAAUAAUGUCGAACUGUAGGAGCCGACUACCGGAGCCGUGGGUUGUCCCGCGGGAGUGUUUGAGUGUGAUUUAUCUGCGGAAUUGGCUGUACUGCAUCAACAAGCGACAUCAGUGUGUAAAGGAUAUCACCACAUGGGCCCAGGAACACUUCAGAAACCCACUGUCAGUAACUACAGUUGGUCGCUACAUCUACGUCUGUGAAGAACAACUUCUGCCUGAAAAACGGGAGAGUAGCUUCAGGAUGGUGAAGGAGGAUCCAUCAAAGAGGAAGACCAGACGCCAAGGACCCUCUGGCAUCUCCUUUUCCACUUUGACACAGACCCUUCCCUGUAAAAAGGAAGAGGAGGAACACAGCAUCAGUCAGGAGGGAGAUCAUAUUGAAGGACUGGAGGAGUUCCCAGUGACUGGUGUCCCUGUGAAGAGUGAAGAUGAUGAGGUCAAAGGUGAAAGUGAGGAGAAGAGAGAGGCGGAGCCUCCAAGCAGCAGCUCAACACAACACAUGACAACAGAAGCUGAUGGAGACCACUGUGGAGGAUCACAAGCAGACAAGCUCUUAGCUCCACUAUCAGAUAGUGAGGACACAACAUCACACUCUCCUGACACUGAUGAUGAAGACUCUAAAGAUGAUAAGACAUGUCACACUGACAACACUCACUUGAAAUGUUCUCACUGUGACAAAACCUUUAAAUACCAUUGUCGUCUGAAAACACACAUGAGAACACACAUGAGAACACACACUGGAGAAAAACAUUUUCACUGUUCAAUAUGUGAUAAAGGUUUUGUACACAGACACUAUUUGAAAGCACACAUGAGAAUACACACUGGUGAAAAACCUUUUAUCUGUUCAAUCUGUGGUCAAGGUUUUGCACACAGUUUAUAUUUGAAAAAACACAGAACAAGACACACUAGAGAAAAAUCUUUUAUCUGUUCAAUCUGUAGUAAAGGUUUUGUAGAUAGGGGCAAUUUGAAAGUACACAUGAGAACACACUCUGGUGAAAAACCUUUUUCCUGUUCAAUCUGUGGUAAAGGUUUUGUAGAAAGUGGCAAUUUGAAAGUACACAUGAGAAGACACACUGGUGAAAAACACUUUUCCUGUUCAAUCUGUGGUAAAGGUUUUGUACAAAAUGACACUUUGAAAACACACAUGAGAACACACACUGGUGAAAAACCUUUUUCUUGUUCAAUCUGUAGUAAAGGUUUUGUACAAAGUGGCAAUUUGAAAGCACACAUGAGAACACACACUGGUGAAAAAACGUUUUUUUGUUCAAUCUGUGGCUUAUCUUUUUCAAGGAAGGAACAUUUGAAAGUACACAUCAGAACGCACACUGGCGAAAAACCUUUUUCCUGUUCAGUCUGUGGUAAGGGUUUUACAAAUAGUGUCAAUAUGAAAACACACAUGAGAACACACACUGCCGAAAAAACACAUUCCUGUUCAAUCUGCAACAGAAGCUUUUGUAACCAAUCAAACCUUGUAGCACACAUGAGAACACACCCAGGAGAGAAAGUGUUGAGUUGCAGUGUGUGUGGUGAAAGAUUCUCUUCUAAGUACCAGUGUAAGAAACACAAGUGUGCUGGUGAGAACAGCAGCAGCAAAUGAAACUGCAGGAUUGGAAGUAAACUGUCAAGACUUGAAUUUUGACUUUCUAACAACAUCAGCACAUAUAACGUGUGACAUUGUUGUUUGUGUAACAAUCUUCUUAAUAUGCUUCUACAUUUAUAAAUUAGAUAUUUUAUAUUAAUGAUGUUUUCAGUCAAGUUCAUGCAUUAAUAUGCAACAUUGUGUACUUUUAUUAAAAUUGUAACAGAACAAUUUGACUGAAAAGGUGAUAGUAAACAGUACAAGACAUAUUUUACAUACAAUAAACAUUUUAUAUAUUUAUAUAUUCAUCAGACAAUUUUAGACUUAUUCAUAAUAGUGUUUUUAUAGGUGUUUGAAAUAUUGAAUAGUUACAAAGUUGUAUUUGUAAUUGUUAAUGUUUCCAUAGAUUAGCACCUUUAUAUGAUAUACAUAUGUACUGGUUCACAUCUGAAACAUCUUCUGGACCACUUCAGGAAGCAUAUUAUUAUUUACUUUAUACAUCAUUUGAACCAGUCUUUUAUACAAUUUUAAAAUGUGUGACUUUAUGAAUUAUUUGUUUUAUUACUCUCUUUUUGUAAUAUGAUGAUUGUGUUGUGAUUGUUUUAUAUGUAUGUCCUCAGACCUUUAUGCAAUAUAAAAAUGAGAGAAAAUAACUGAAUUGUUUGUGGAAGGAUGGUUUUGUUUUUACAAACUUACAUUUGUAGAUAAAACAAAAACUCCCAUUAUUGUGUUUUUAAAAAAUGUUAUGUUUUUUUUUUCCUUUUUAACAUCCCUAAAACAAUAUCAAUUUCAGAAAACAUGUGUGGAGUGUCAGGCAAAAGCCAAAAUUUUACAUCAUCCCACAAAGAUUUACUUUGCAUACAUUCAUAAAAUGAACUGUUUAUUUUGUUUCCCUAUCACAGAACGAACAAGUGUUGUCUUUAAUUGCAAAACAACAUCCUAAAAUGUAUUUUAAGUG